AUGUCAGACCAAACUAUUGAACAAACUCUCAUGAGAAUGUUCAAAUCAUCUGGAGGAUUAACACAUGGGCGUGGCAUAACUGAGAGUACGUUGGCAUCAUGGACUCUUGGAAUGGUACGGUUACAAGAUGUUUGCGAACAGCUUACAGAAUAUUGUAACAUUUCGAUGGAUACUUCAGAACAGCAUAUUGACUACAGGGAUUCUCGUGUUCAACGUGACAAUGAAGAUCUCGAAAAAAUUGACAAUUGGCUUUCAUCCCAUGAUUUUACUAUAGAUCGUCAUGAAUUAAUCUGUAUAGCUAAUGUAAUUGUUGCAUCUGAAAUGAUAAAUUGUCACCGUGCUAUUGAAAUAGGAGAAGGAUUAAUGACAAACAUCAUAGGAUCGGAUUUUCAAAAGCUGUCAUUCAAUCGCAAGUCGAAGAUUCUUCCUUUUAGUGCUAUGACAAGUACUAUUGAAGUAGAAAAAUCCCCUGUCGUCAUCAAUCCUCUACUUUUAUUCCAACGUAUGUGCAUUUCAAGAGAAACUGUUGGUGACAUGAAACAAUAUCUAGCAUAUGAAUUAGCACCUUUUCCGUUAGCAUUAUUCGCCGAGGAUGGUAUGAGAAAUGGUACUAAGUACUUUAACUCCUGCCAUUCCUCAAACAUUCACAUUCGAUGUUGA